AUGCGUGGUGGAAUAUUAGCAACAGAGAAAAAUAAGAAUGAAAGUUUUAAUCGUAUAUUGGAUAUGGGUUGUUAUAAAGAACAAUCAUUUAUUGGGCGUAAAUGUGAAAAUAAAAGUGAAUGUAUAAUGGAAAAAAUAUACAACUCUCCUCCAGUAGAUACUUAUUAUCGAUGUUGUUGUGAUAAAGAUUAUUGUAAUAAAAAAAUUAUUUGGCCUGUUAACAUAACAACUAUUUAUGAAACAACAACUUCAGACCAAUGGAAGUCUCCAACUACUAGGACGACUAGUAUUGGUGAUGAUAAACGUAUGUUAUACAUAAUCAUCGGUUGUGCACUUAUUGUAUUUCUGUUGGUUUGUGGUUUAAUUGCAUUUUUUUUACUUCGUCGCCAAUGUAAUAAAGAGCAUGCACGUAAAAUGCUAAUUGAUCCUACAAUAAGAUACCCUGAAACAAGACCAUUUCUUGAAUCUAUUGAAUCAAUUCAAUUAGAUCCUGAAAUUCCGCAACAAAGACGAUUUUGUACGAUACAUACUGGAAGAAUUCUGUCAUCGGGAUUACGUGUUGCAGUUAAAGUUUUAUCCGAUAAUGAUAUCCAAUCUUCAACGUUAUAUAAACAAGAAAAAAUGAUUUAUGAGCUAUUAAAUAAUAGUCCUAACAAUAUUCUUAAGUAA